AUGGGUGUGGGAAGGGAAGCGGUAGGGCGUUUGGCCCGGACAGUGGGGGCAGGAUUUGGGGGUCUCACUGUGUUAGGUAAUGCGUGGCCGCGAGGCCCGCUCGUGCUGGGUCAUGGCUGCCACGAGGCCGGUGAGAGGGGGGAAGCUUGGCUGAGAAAGAUAAAGGACGCUUGCGGAGAAUAUUUGGGGGUGACGGAGAGGCUGGAACGGCCAUCGGGGUCGGAGCUGGUGGUGGGCGGUUUGGGAAGGCGGCUGGGGAGGCGAGAGGGCUCUUUCCAGAGGGGCGGUGCAUAG